UUCGCAGCCACCAUGCCUUCUCCAUCUGCGAGAGCUCGGAAGCCCAGCAUGUCUCCGGCGUCCGUGGGACCCUCGAUGCCCUCAGCGUCUCCCAAUCCUCCUGCCUCCUUGAAGACCACCAAAUCGGCAAAGCCCAACAGCCCCUCAGUGUCCACCAAACCUGUGACCGCCCCUAACUCGGUCACGAGCCCAAGCAGUUCCGAAUCUCCCAAAUGGGCAAGUACAAAGGCAGCCCCUUGUAACCAGCCCAGCAGCAAGUCCCGAGCCCAUGGCAAGGCCCGAACGCCUAGCAAAGCUAGCACUGACACCAGGGCCAGCAAAGCCAGCAAGGCCAGCAGGGUAAGAUGCCCCCGGCGCAGAGGCACCCACAGCCGAGGCAGAACUCCCGGCAGAAGGGGAAGCCGCAGCUCCAACAGGUCAGCCAACAGGGCCAGCACUCCCAGCAGGAUAAGAACUAAUGGUGCCAGACCAGGUAUGCCCAGCAGGGUGAGAACUCCUACUUCCCAGCAAAAACAGAGUUGGGGGAAGAGUUACAGCCAGCUGAGAACCAACAACCGGGAAAGGAGUGACAGCCAGUCUAGAAAUGUGAGCAGAAAGAGGAGCUACGCCCCGCCAGGAGCCUUGGAUAUGGGGAAGAGUUCCAGCCUGGCUGGAACCCCCAGUAGGGCAAAGAGUUAUAGCCCCGCUAGAACUCCCUUUGAGGAGAAAGGUCACUGCCCAUCUCCGUCAUCAUCGAGGAGGGUGAAGAGUUAUAGUCAGAAGAUCACCCCCAGCAGGGGAUGGAGUUACAGCCCUACUGAAGUGUUCAGGAGGGUAGAGAGUUACAACCAAGGUAGUGCACCCAGCAGGCCCCAAAGUCACAGCCAGUCUAGCACCCCCAGCCAGCCCUGAAGUCGCAGCCGGUCUAGAAUGCCCAGAAGGGCAAGAAGUCGCAGUAGGGAGAGGGCCCACGGCAGGGUGAGAAGUCACAGUUGGAAGAGAAAUCAUAGCAGGGCAAGAAGUCGUACCCGGAAGGGAACUCCCAGUCAGAUGGGAAGACAUAGCCACUCUAGAAUGUGCAGCAAGGGGAAAAGUUAUAACCAAUUUAGAACCCCCAAAAGGGAAAGAUGUCGCAGAUGGUCUAGAAGCCCCAGCAAGGAGAGAGUCCACAGCCGAUCUAGAACACCCAGUAAGGAGAGAGGUUGCACCCUGUCUAGAACCCCCAGUAAGGAGAGCGGUCGCAGCCACUCCAGAACCCCCAGCACGGAGAGAGAUUACAGCCAAACUAGAAUCUCCAGCAAGGAAAGAGAUCACAGCCAAUUUAGAACCUCCAGCUAGGAAAGAAAUCACAGCCAAUCUAGAACCCUCAGAAAGGAGAAAGAUCACAGCCAAACUAGAACCUCCAGCAAGGAAAGAUAUUACAGUCGAUCCAGAACCCCCAGAAAAGAGAGUGCUCUCAGACGAUCUCGAACCUCCAGCAAGGGGAGAGAUCUCAGCCAAACUAGAACUUCUAGCAAGGAGAAUGAUUACAGCCAAUCUAGAACUCCCAGAAAGAAGAGAGACCACAGCCGAUCCAGAACUUCCAGCAAAGAAAGCGAUCACAAGAAGGAGAGCAAUCCCAGCCAAUCUAUAACCCCCAGAAGUCUCAGCAGGAAGGGAUCCCCUAGCAGGGCAGAGAGUCCUCAUCAGAACAGAAAACCUAGCGAGAUAAGGAGCCACUCCCCGUCAAGAUUUCUCAGCGGAGCCCCAAUCCCAAACCAGGAAAAUAGUCAAGCCAACACCACCACCUCGAAGGCCAUCUCACCUGGAGAGAGGUCCUCAUCGUCUUCCUCCAGGCUGGCGUAG